AUGGCUAUUACAGCACCAUUCAAAAUAUUGGAUUCAACUAAUAAAGCAAAUGACUGGAAGGCCAAACAUGGUCGUCUAUUUGUUUUACAUCUUAGUAUACCAUUAAUGAUUCAAUAUUUAUCAGAAUCAAUGUCUACUCAUUUUGUUCCAUAUACGGUGGCUAUUAAACUAUUACAUUGUCCUCGAUCGACAGAUGAAAUUGAACUUGGUGAAUUAUUAUUAAAUCGUUACUGUGAACAAGUAGGAAUAAUUUAUGAUGAUGAAUCAAUUGAAAUACUUUCAUUGUAUGCCCAUUUACAUUUAGCCGAACAAGUACGAGCACAUAACGGCUUCGCGUUUACAUCAGCAUUUGCCCUUGAAUCGUGCAUUAGAUUUAUUAAAAAGAAAGCUCAUAGAAGUAAAAACUUAGGAACAUCGAAAGAGUUGGAAGAAGUAGCAAAAACAAUGUCAAAACCACUAAAUUUUGAAAUUAACAGUGAUUACCAACCCAACGAUAUAUCUUGCACAGAUCACCAUACCCCUAGUCAAAAUGCAAACAGUAUUGUAUAUGCAACACAAAAAGCUAGUACUACAGGUGAAACUUUAUCUAAAUUAUUUUUAUCUGAUUCGGCAGUGUAUAAUAUAUUGAAUAUCGCAAAUACACCAUUACAUCGUGACGAUGAUGAUAACGACAACAACAAUUUUCUGUACCGGGCAAAACGACGAACUUUAAGUGAUCAUCAACAUCGCACAGACAAAAAUUCAUCUUAUCUUACAAAUUCUUUACCAUUUUCAUCAACAUCCGCAAGUAAUGACAAUGAACAAGAUGGAUUAUUAAUCUUACAACAACUUUCAUCUGAUAUAAAGAAAAUGACAGCCACACAAAUUAAGUCUUUAUGUUCUAUAUUAAAAUUAGAAAUGUCAUAUACCAGGCAAUGCUAA